ACAUCGUCCUGCAGGUCAGUGCCAGGUACCAUGGCGACGCAGCCAACACAGUCCGAAGGUCACCUGUUCAGACUGAUCCUGCAACCUGAUAGGCUGCAGCUCGGCAGUGACAUCACCUGAUACCAGGUGUGACACAGAGCAGCAGGAGGAGAAGAAACAGACGACAGACAAGAGGAAAACAAGUCAGAGAGGAGCAGAGAAGGAAACAGAGGAGGAGAGGAGAGGAUUAGAGAACCAGAGUAUCAGAGUACCAGAGGACCGGAGGAUCACAGUACCAGAGUACCGGAGUACCAGAGGACGGGAGAACUGGAGGAUCAGAGUACCGGAGGACCGGAGGAUCAGUGUUUCAGAGUACCAAAGGACCAGAGAACCUGAGGACCAGAAGAUCAGAGUACCAGAGUACCGGAGGAUCAGAGUACCAGAGAACCGGAGUACCAGAGAACUGGAGUACCAGAGAAUCGGAGUACCGGAGGAUCAGAGGACCAGAAUACCAGAGUUCCAGGGAACUGGAGGAUCAGUGGACUGGAGGACUGGAGGACCGGAGGACCGGAGGACUGGAGGACCGGAGAACCGGAGGAACGGAGUAUCAGAGCACCAGAGGACCAGAGGACCAGCGGACAAGAGAACCAGAGAACCAGAGUACCAGAGUACUGGAGAACCGGAGGACCUGAGGACCUGAGGACCUGAGGAUCAGAGUACCAGAGAACAAGAGUGCCAGAGAACCAGAAUACCAGAGGACUGGGGGAUCAGAGGACCAGAGGAUUAGAGGACUGGGACCAGAGGACCAGAGGAUCAGAGGAUCAGAGGACCGGGGGAUGGAGGUGCCAGUGGUGCGUCUCCGUCACUGUCAGAAGGAGAUUUUCUGCCUGGCGGUGCCGGAGCAGUGUCCCAGCUGUGGGGAGACGCUGAUGGGGAGCAGACUGCAGGAGGCACCGGUCAGCCUGCCGUCCCCAUUCACCAACGCACACAAGACCUCCUGCUGCCUGCUGAUCACACCUGCACACACACCUGAGACCAGCAGAGAGUUUGACGAGACGUCUGAAUUACACACUGGAAUCUCCAACACCACAGGAGUUGUGUACAAUUACACCCGUACAGGUGUGUGUAAGGACCAGAGUGGGUGGGAGCGCUGUGUCAGCGUUCCUCUGGUCCGACCCGACAUGUUCCACCUGCUGGCUCAGUGGGACCAGUACCUGGACCGCUUCUCUGAGGGGUCAAUGUGGGACCCCGCCUGGCAUAGGUUCGAUGAGGUGGACCAUAACUGCUUCACGUUCUGUCUGCGGUUUAUAAACGGCGUGCUUGAGGCGGAGGGGCGGAGCUCUCUGAGCAGAGAGACCUUCACUCACAGCUUCAUCCUACCGAGAAUGAGGAGGGUCACCAAGUACACCACGCUGUCCCGACACAUCCAGAGACACCAGUACUACAUGGUGGACAGACAGGAGGACAGACAGGAGGACUGACAGGAGGACUGACAGAAGGACAGACAAGAGGACACACUGGAGGAUACACAGGUGGACACACAGGACGACAGACGGUGCGACAGACAGGAGGACACACAGGAGGACUGACAGGAGGACAGACGGGGGAACAGACAGGAGGACAGACAGACAGGACUGACAGGAGGACAGACAGGCAUGACAGGAGGGCCGACAGAAGGACUGACUGGAGGACAGACUGGAGGACAGACCGACAGGACUCACAGGAGGACUGAGGAGGACAGACAGGAGGACUGACAGGACAGACAGACAGGAGGACUGACAGGAGGACAGACAGACAGGACAGACAGGAGGACUGACAGACAGGAUUGACAGGAGGACAGACAGAAGGAAAAAUAGGAAGACAGACAGGAGGACAGGAGGUGUUUUGCUGAGCUCACAUUCAUAUAUUUAUAAAUAUAUAAAAUAAAUAUAUUUAUUUAUAUUUAAAUGUUUAUAUAUAUAUAUAUGUGUGUGUGUGUGUGUGUGUGUGAAUAAACAUGUUGAUCUAUAGCUGGUUAUUGUUAUUGUAUCUGUAUGUAAAUGUUCCUGUAUCAUGAUAUGGUUGAAUAUUAUUUCUGCCUCGGCUUCAGAACAUAAAUAAGGAAUUAAAUAUUGA